UCAUAUAUAUAUAUAGUUGGGGAUCAAUUUUCCCUUCUUCCUUGCAAGCGCCACCAUUUACCCACUCUAUCACAUGAAGGCAUCACGUGAUACGACACCACUACCACGCCCUUCUCUUCACGCUUUCGCCCACCCGAAUCCGGCGAUGGGACCCGCCGCACAACGGGUGUUACACUUGUAAACGCGUCAAAUGAACAGUGGCUUGGCACGGCGUCCACUGCGCCACGCCACUGCACCUCAUCCUUCCGAAAUCGUAACGUCCGUUUCCCCGCCGGGUACGUUUAUCGUGACCUUUCCCUCCACGCACCCUGAAAACAUACGUUUACGCGUCCAUCUCAGUUUAUUUUACGAAGUAGAAGUGGACGACAGUAUGCCAUGUCGGAUUAUUGUGCAAGUGGGUUUAAAUCGUGGGUCACCGUAAAAUAAGACAAUUCUCCGCCACGCCUCGCUUCCACCUCGAUUACAGAGCUAAUAAAUGAUGGACAACAAAAAUACCUAAAUUCCUGUUUUACCCUUACGGUGUUGCCCUAAAUUACCACACCAGUUCACGGCCGCGCCGCUCUAUAUGGCCGCAAACUGUUGCCCCCGCCUCUCCCUGCUCUCUCCCCUUGCUUGCUUCUCUUGUCUCUUUCUCUCUCUCUGUCUUUCUGGUUUCUCCUAUGGCAGAGUUUGCGCCGAACCUGGACGACGGCGAGAUGUGGCUGCCGUCGGAGAUAAUCGCCGACCUCGGCCUCCGCCGCUUGCACCAUUCCAACGCCGCCGCCGCCGCCGCCCGAGUCCGCGGCGCAUACCACCACACCUUCGACGUCGAGGGCCUCGCGAGCCAGCUCGCGGCACUUAGCCCGCUCGACCGCGUCCAGCGCCUCCCCGCCGCUAAGCUGCCGCCCGUUUUCCCGCCUCAUUACGAGGGGUUGAAGCCUGUCGGACCGGCGGCCCGGUUCGAACUGGAGGAAAGGGAGUUGGGGACCGGGUUGGGUCGCCCCGUCUAUGGCAUGGGGUUCGGAGCCUGUUCCCGGCCGGGGGUGACCCGGCCUGGCCCGACGCAGGCAGCUCAGGCGCAGGCAUGUGGACCGGAAACGGUGGAGGCAUUUGGUCGGGCUCCGCAGAGGCCACUGCGGCCGAUCCAGAGCCGGCUCGGCACUGUUCGACCGGGUGGUCAAGGGAGAGAAAGCGGAGGAGGGACCGGUGUGUUCCUCCCGCGGGUGAUCAACAACAACGAAGCGAGGAAGAAGCAUCACAACGCGACGGGAGGAGAGCAACAGAAGCAGCAGCCAACGAGAAGCACGGCGAUGUGGAAGCUGGAGAGGCCAUUUCAGCCGACCUCCGAGAUGCGCCUUCCCCAGGAAUGGACUUACUGAGACCAAGGAACCUCCCACCUCCUUCCUCCACCGGAGGACGUUGUUGCAGUGGUGGUAGAACUGGAAACAGAUGGAACUACAAUAAAAGUUCGAGGACGAUGUUACUGA